AAUGAGAGGACUGAUACCUCCCCUGCUGGGACAUUUUCUUACAGUAACUCAUGGAGCCAGAAGCUGGGACCAACAAAACUGCAGUUGCUGAGUUCAUCCUGCUGGGCUUGGUAGAGACACCGGAGCUGUGGCCAGUUGUCUUUGUACUCUUCCUCUUUGCCUACCUGGUCACUGUUGGGGGCAACCUCAGCAUCCUGGCUGCCAUCCUGCAGGAGCCCAAACUCCAUACCCCCAUGUACUUUUUCCUGGGGAAUCUAUCAGUACUGGAUGUUGGGUGCAUCAGUGUCACUGUUCCUGCAAUGUUGGGUCAUCUCUUAUCCCACAAGCGUGCAAUUUCCUAUAGUGCCUGCCUUACACAACUCUUCUUCUUCCACCUUCUGGCUGGGAUGGACUGCUUCCUGUUGACUGCCAUGGCCUAUGACCGAUUCUUGGCCAUUUGCCGGCCACUCACCUAUAGCACCCACAUGAGCCAGACAGUCCAGAGGAUGUUGGUGGCUGUGUCCUGGGCUUGUUCCUUCACCAAUACCUUGACCCACACUCUUGCCUUAACUACUCUCAAUUUCUGUGGCCCUAACGAGGUGAACCAUUUCUACUGUGACCUCCCACAGCUCUUCCAGCUCUCCUGCUCCAGCACCCAACUCAAUGAGCUGCUGCUCUUUGCUCUGGGUUUUUUAAUGGCAGGUACACCUGUGGUUCUCAUCAUCACCUCUUACAUCCAUGUGGCAGCUGCGGUUCUACAAAUACGCUCAGCAGAGGGCAGGAAGAAAGCCCUCUCCACAUGUGGCUCCCACCUCACUGUGGUUUUCCUCUUCUAUGGGACAGGUAUCUUCAACUACAUGCGUCUGGGUUCAGAGGAAGCUUCAGACAAGGAUAAAGGGGUUGGAAUUUUCAACACUGUUAUCAACCCCAUGCUGAACCCACUUAUCUAUAGCCUUAGAAACACUGAUGUUCAGGCUGCUCUGUGGAAGAUACUCAUGGGGAGGUGUUCAUUGAUCUGA